ACGCCGCUAGUGGUAAAAAAAAAAGGGACAAAUUCGUUUAAAAUCUCCCAACCUUUGGCGUCUCUUGCCUUCUCCAACCUUAUUUUCCACAAUCGCCAUCUCACACACAGAUCAUAAUAUCAAUAUUAUAAUUAUAAAACAGUUAAGAAGAGUUAUGGAUUCUUUAGAUACAGAGCUUUUUCCUGCUAUUCAGGAGGUUUUGCUGGAGUUUCGUGCUGGUAAAAUGUUUAUGGAAGGAACUCGCGUUAUUCCUGAUACACGGAAAGGACUUGUUCGCAUUGGAAGAGGGGAAGAGGGACUUGUUCAUAUUCAGUGGCUUGAUCGGAGUAAUAACACCGUUGAAGAUGACCAGAUUGUUUUUCCCGAAGAGGCAGUUUUUGAGAAGGUUGGUCAAGCUUCUGGAAGAGUUUACUUGUUAAAGUUUCAGACAGACGACAGGAAAUGUUUUUUUUGGAUGCAGGAGCCCAAUGCUGACAAUGAUGAAGAAUUGUGCAAGUCAGUCAACCUUUACCUGAAUCAACCUAUAGAUUUUCCUGCUGAAGAAGAAGAAGAAGAUAUAACACUUGGUGAAGAUAUCUCAUCACGUGCUGGAGAUUUAGUUGGAACAAGUAUGGGUGCAGAAGUAAUUAGUGAUGUCUCUUCCUCAGGACCUGUUAAAUUGGCAGAUCUUCAAAGAAUUUUAAGUAAUAUUGGACCCUCAGGUGAGGCUGCAGAUCCUGAUGGAGGUUUAGGAUUGGGUGAUAUCCUAAGGCCUGAACUUCUAUUGCCAUUGAUGGAGACAUUGUCACUGGAGCAAGUAGCAUCCCAUCUACCUGAGGGUGAAUGGACUCGAGAGGAACUAAUGGAGUUACUGCAGAGCCCUCCUUUCCGCCAACAAGUUGAUUCUUUCACCUACGUACUGAAGACCGGUCAAAUAGAUCUGACUCAAUUCGGAGUUGACCCAACUAAAUACAAGUUCACGGUCCUAUCUUUUCUUGAGGCUCUUGAAGACUCUGUUGCUAAAACAUCUAUAUCCGACGAGACGAUGCAAGAUGGUGGCGAUUCAAGAUCUCAGACGUGUAAUCAAACUGAUCGAAUGGAUGAAGAUAAAUAGUAGUAGACCCAUUUGCACAACAAAAUUUAAUUCAACAGUUUGUUUCUUUUCACAGUGGGAACUCACAUUAAAAGAUUUGUGGAUACUGGACACAUAAAUUAGUAAAAGUUUCGGUCAUUUCACUUUUUAA